GACGCCGGCAAUGGCGGAGUGGAGGAACAUGGCGGCGGGGGCGGCGGGUGGCAGCUUCACCUACAUCAACGAGACGACCGCGAUUGCGGGGUCCAUCAUUGUCGCCCGCCUGCAGUACGGCCUGGCCGCCGAGGACUGCCGCGGAUUCGGCCCGGGCGUGCACCCGCCGCCCAACGCCGGCCAGGGCGCUUCAGCAGGCGGCCCCAUCAUCGACCUCGCCAUCGCCCGGGUCAAGCGCGUCCGCAGGCUCCACGCCGUCCUGGGCAACGUCUUCUCCCUCUGCGUCGCGCGCAUCGGGCUCCAGGGCAACGCGCUGGGGCGGUGGAACAGCUGGCAACUCCAACACGCCGACGCCGCCCGCCGCGCGGAGACGGCGCUGCAGCGCCUGCUCUCCGCGAGGUCGCACGGCCAUGCGGCCUUCAGCGUCUUCCAGGUCAUGCUCAGGCCGCCGUCGCCGCCAGCAGUCGCCCACGCCUGGGCGCCCGCGGCCGAGCAGCUCCUGCUCCGCGCGAUCGACGAUCUGGCCGCGGCGGAGGCCGCGCUGGGGCAGAUGCGCCCGGCCAUCGUCGCCCAGUACAUCCACGCCUGGGUGCUUCUGCACGGCUGAUAGCGCGCGCGGCGGCGAUCACCGAUCUCUCUUCUGCUUUGUUCUUCCCGGCCCGUCUCGGGUUUCCGUCGAUCAAGGUUCAUGUGCUAUGUCGAUCUGCUAACUGUGAUUACGAUGCACUAGCGCUACUAUUAGUUUCAGUUUGUGCUCAAAGAUUUGAUCCAAAACUGCUCGGUGGAUCAAGUCGAUCGACUCGAGCUUCUCUUGAAUCUUGAUACGGCUGAGAAUUACAUCUCUUUGCUUGAUUAGUAGUAAU